UCAUCAAUAAGAGCCAGCGAGGGCUCUGAGCUCUGCCACACUGCCUUCAUCCAGCACAGGAGGAAGAGCAAAGGCAGAGCCUGCCAGAGAAGCUGAGAUCUGCCGAGGGUAAGGCUGCAUCCCGCAGUCCCAGCCUUGAGGUGCUUUUUGCUGCUUUUGCUCCCUCAUUCAGAUCAUCCCAGAUAAUACCCUAACAAGCAACAAGAAUGGAUGUCUUUAAGAAAGGUUUCUCCAUUGCUAAAGAAGGUGUGGUGGCUGCUGCAGAAAAGACCAAGCAGGGAGUGACAGAGGCUGCAGAGAAGACCAAAGAAGGGGUAAUGUAUGUAGGCACCAAGACCAAGGAGGGCGUAGUGCAAAGUGUGACCUCAGUUGCUGAGAAGACCAAAGAGCAGGCCAACGUGGUGGGAGAAGCUGUAGUAGCCAGCGUGAACACAGUGGCAAACAAGACUGUAGAAGGAGCAGAGACCAUCGUGGCCACUACAGGAGUUGUAAAAAAGGAGGACCUGGCAGCGCCGCAGCCGCCCGAGCAGCCCAGGCUGGAGGGAGAGGGGGCCCCGGCAAGCCCUGCAGGAGAGGGUGAAAUUGAAGGUGAUCCAUCAAGUUAGGGAAUUCUUGCUCAAAAGAGACCAUUCCAAGAGCAUACAUGGAAGUAUUAGCUGACACUACAACAGGAAAAUCCCACUGUCCAUAGACUAACUACAUUCAGCUCUGUAGUCUUGCACUUGCCUCAUAAACCAGUUGUACAAUAUAUGUAAGCCAGACUCCUCUAAUUGUAAGUGACGUGCAGGUGUGUACUGGGCUGUGUGUCUUUCCCAUCCUCCCUCCUGGCCUUCCAGUUGCUUUGUAUAUUUUGGUUGGACUCACGAAUCUGUGUCUUGCAUCCAUAUGCACUGGCACUUGGGAUCUCUAGGCAUUGUGGAUUUUUUUUUUUUUAACUAAUAAAAAGUGUUUGAACAA